AUGACUAUAAGUCUAAAAACUGUGUGUACAGGUGGAUGUAAGCACCAUCCAUGGCAGUACUCCCCUCUGUCAUGUGUCAAGCUGCUGGUGGAUCACGGAGCAUCAGUCAACCCUUCCCUGACAGCCCUCACAGCAUCCCCACUCCAUGAGGCCUGCAUACGAGGUAACCCAGACUGUGUGAAGCUUAUGAUAGACAAGGGAGCGUUGCUGGAGGCCUUUGACAUUUACUUUGGGACGCCGUUACAUGCUGCCUGUGCUAAAGCUCACUUCGACUGUGCCCUGCUGCUGCUCAAUGCAGGUAAUCCUCUGUCUCUGCAGCAGUUGUGCCGUAUCGUCCUGAGGACUGUGUUGGGCACCAGAGCUUUGGAACUGAUCCCUAAACUGGACAUUUCACAGCGCAUCAUUGAUUACCUCAUUUAUAAAUCACAAAUCUGUGAACAUGUUAAUGUUUGAUGACUAGAAGGUGUCCAAAUACCUUUUAUAUUAAAGGUUUCUGGGCAGAGAGG